AUGGACGAAUUUGAAAUAAUUGAUAAAAUUGGAAAUGGUAGUUUUGGUGACGUAUUCAAAGCAAUUAAUAAAACUAAUAACAAUGUUAUUGCUAUUAAACGAUUUAAAUUUCAAGAUUAUUAUUCAGAAAAAGAAAUACAAAAGAUUUUAAUAGAAAUUGAAUCAUUAAAACAAACUCAAUCUGAGCAUGUUGUUGAAUAUUACGAUUCAUGGUACGAUGGGCGCUAUCAUCACAUUGCAAUGGAAUUAUGUGAUGAUUCACUUAAAAGUAUAAUUCAAUUAAAACCAGAAAUAUUUGGCAGAGAAUUAGGUGAACCUAUGAAUAUAUUCGAGUAUUUCAUAUCAGGCGUUAUAUUCAAACAAUUGUUAGAAAGUGUUCAAUAUUUGCAUGAAUUGAAACCACAGAUCAUUCACAGAGACCUCAAACCCGAUAAUAUAUUAAUCACUAGUAAUGUUAAGAACGGUAGAUUUGUUAAGUUAUGUGACUUUGGUUUGGCUACAGUUCACGACAAAACAAUACACUAUAUGACUAAAUUUAAACAUACUGCAGAUGUAGGUGAUAUGCGCUACAUGGCACCUGAAGUUUCACAAAGGAAAAAAUAUGGACAUAAAUCAGAUAUUUAUAGCUUGUCACUAAUUGGAUGCGAAUUAUUUAAUAAUAUUGAUUUAUCAAUGUCAGAUUAUGAUAGUCGUGCUUAUACUAAGGUUUGGGUCAGUUAUGGUCAA